AUGAACCGAUAUAAGCCUGGAGGAAGAUCACAGGCUUCAGCGACAACACUGUGUCAGAAGUGCCUGAAGAAAGGACACUACAGCUACGAAUGCACGGCGUCUCAGCAAGAUCGACCAUACACAUCACGGCCCUCACGAACUCAACAGCUGCUGAACCCGAAGCUGGCGCCAAAGAUCACAGAGGCGAGCCCCACGACUGAGGCAGCGAAGUAA